AUGAGCCUACCGUCGUGGUGUCCUCAAUAUAAUCCAACUAAGUAUGAUCCAGUGACUGGUCAGGAGGUUUAUUGUAUCUGUAAGAAACCUGAUAAUGGCGAAUUAAUGGCCCUAUGUGAUGGAUGUGAGGAUUGGUUUCAUUUCUCCUGUGUCAAACUACCUGAACUCUACAAAAAUUUAGUAUUCUCAUUCUAUUGCCCCUACUGUCAGGAUGGUAUCACGUAUAAUGCUCAACCUGGGGAUCCUUUACCUAAAACUAUUUGGAAGCGGAAAUGCAGGCUUAUUGAAUGUUACAAGGAAUGCGCUGCAAAUAGUAAAUACUGCUCUAGUGAACAUGGAGAACUAUAUAUGACAAAUAUGAUUAAAAAGAUGGGUGGUAUGCACGAAAGUGUUACUGGGAUCCUGAAACAGAUGCUUAAAACCGAAAACUUUGAAAGCCUUGGUGCUAAGGAGCUUCCGCCAGCAGAUAGGCAGCAAGAUCCCGAACUAUAUGACAAGCUUUAUGGAUUUGAUGUUCGCCUUAAGGAGCUUGAAGAACAAAUUAAUGAGCUCAAUGAGCAUAAACGUCCUGUUAUUCGGGCAAGAAUAGAUGAAUUGAACAAUUACAUUGCAUGGCUUGACGACGUUAACAAAAACCUUUUCCACGAGGACUACGAAAGUGGGGAUGAAAUGGCAUCUACCAAAAAGAAAUCCAAAGCCAGCAAAUGCAAGCGUAAGGCUAAGAAGAAAUCCAUCUGCGGCUACAAGCAAAAUCAUCAGAUACCGACGUCUGCUGAAGAAUUUGCGUCUGCAUAUGUAGAAGACGAAAGCACAGCCUAUUCUGUAUGCUGCAAACUUCGCUGUAUUAAGCAUCAAGACUGGGCAAAUAUUCUACUGAGAUCCUGGAAUUUUGAGCUAGAAUCCAUUGACAACUCCGAGCAAAGAACUCAACUAUUAAUCAAUGUGCGAAAAGAACAAUUGGCUAUUCAGUUUCAUGAAGCUCUAAUCAACAAAAAUAAUAUUAAUGCACAGUGA